GGCACAGUCAUUAGUUUAUAAUUAUGGCACAUUUGAAGUGUUUUUGCAUUUUGUAAUAGAUAUCAGUUAUGUUAUGCUGUGUAUGUUUUUCUGUGUUGAGAGGCUGCGGUAUAAUCAGAUGAGUAUGCACUUAUUAUUAUUAUGUCCACUAAAGGGCGGAAUAGCAGCACAAAUUUUGCUGUUUUAAAUUGAACUCGUGUUGCCUUCAAGUGCCAUCGGCAAAAAAAAAUGUUAAAUUUCACUGCGCAAAGCAAUAAAAGAGCGAUCCCGAGGAGGAGAUCCCUGUCGUCAAUGACCAAUUAGCUCGUUAAACAGCUCUGAGACUUGUUGUCAAUGUAACAGCGUAUGUGUGAGAUGUAACUAAAUAUCAGGAAUACAAAAACUAGGCUUUAAAGCUUCACAACCGCUCUGUUGCUGCAGCGUCGCUCCGCCCCUUCCUCAUCCCUCCUGCCUCCUGCGGCCUUCACCGACGUCUGCCCCGUUCAACGGGACACCGCUAGCGCAGCUACCGGUGGCAAAUGAAUUCUCCUGGGAAACAUGACCGCUGUUCUUCCACCGGACAGAACACUAACUCACAAGCAUGUGGUUCCUUCAAGUUGACAAGACCUUCCUACUUUACACUUUGUCCGAUGGAAGGCAAACAAUACAGCCCAAGAUGGAAGAGGCACCUCCCAGAGUUUGAACCUGGCAGGAUAUUGCCGAGUCCCACGGAGGAAAGAGGGCGGGACAAGAUUGUCACAAUGACCCCCAGGUCCACAUUAUUGACAGGCAGACAGUACCUAUUGAGAAAGCCUCUGUUCUCUGCAGAACAAGACGCCUCCAUCUUAAAGAAGACACACGCGCAGAAGAGCCCCGAUGAGGAGAAACAGUCAGGUGCCAGCAGACAAGGAGACAUCUUGAUCGGACGGAGUCCAGAGCCGAUUCGGGAGAGCUUUGGCAUCGCUGGCAGUGAUGUCUCCAGAGCUGACCGGGGCUCGCCCCUAGGUGUCUGGGAUCUUUGGACUGGGCCGCCCCACGAAGGACCUACGUUUGGAUCCCACCGCAGCGGUUCAGCCCAGCGGAGCCUCUCCAGCUCCGUCCUGGAGGUCCAGCGACUGAGCCCUCCUCGCAGGCCACUGCUGACCUCCACUGUUCUGUAUCCUACUUACACCCCUCGCACAGGGAACUCCAGGCCGGGCCAGACCCAGCUCAGGACGGGGGGAAGAGAGGAAGACUCCGAACCGCACUCUUCUGCGGGAGACACAACAGGACUCUCGAUGUCCUCGCAUCAGGCAAACUACUGGGCCUGUGCCAUCCCCAAAGCUUUUGCCCCGUUUCCAGACAGGAGUUCUCCCGGCUGGGACCCCAACAGGGAGUACCAAGCCCUGCUGGAUUACACCUACCCUCUGAGACCCGGUCAGGUGGUCUGCAAGGGGAGCAGCUCCAACCACCGGAGGGACUCCCUCCUUCAGACAGACUCCAACCUGCAGGACUCAGGGAUCGAACUGGACCACCUUUGUAGCUCCACCAGCCAGUCAGGGUUGGACUUUUCUCUCAGUGCGGAUGCAGGGUUCAACAAAUCUUCUGCGAACCCCGUGGGUCUGUCCCCGGGCUGCAGUAAGCACAGAGGCGGGAUGAGUGGGUUUGACGGUCGCUCUUCCGCCUCCUCUUCCUUCGCUGCUUGUCCCCACUCUGCCAGCAUGCUCCUGCGCUCCAGGUGCGUGGGCGGGGAAGUAUACGAAGAGUUCUUACCACUACCGGAUCAACUGGAGGAGCGGCAGCUGCUGUCCAGACGGGUGAGGGAGGUGACUGCUCAGCUGAGCCUGCCUGUCACAAACAGCUGGAAGUGUCUGGAGCCAGGCACCCCCUCCAUCUCCCUGCCUGAGGAACAGGACGAAGAGGUGGGGUCUGUAGUAAGAGAGCUAGAAGGCGACAAUCAAUACACUGAUAAAGGAACAUAUCAAAUGGACAGAGGGGAUGGGAGAGCCGCUCAGACAGUGGGGAGGAGUUCUGGAGCCCGGGUGGAGCCUGUAGGAGGUGGGCUGAGUCCAUCCAAUCUCAAGGAGGUGGAGGUUUUGACGGAGCAGCUGUGCGGCCUUACGCUGCCUCGCGGUGGGACAAGCAGCCAGGACGGAUGGGAGACCAGUGACUCCCUGUUGCAACAAAUCCAGAUCUUCUGCUCACACCUGGAGCAGCUCAUCCAGCAGCUCUACUCGGCGUCAGAGACGCUCGAGCUGCUUGCUGCGCCCACGGGGGACAUAGACAACGUGAAGUCGUUUCUGGCCGAGUAUCAGAGAGAAGUGUGCGGCCACCAGCCACUGUCCUCACGCGUUCUGGACACUGGACGCCGUCUCCUUGGCUGCAUCAACAACGCCUCCCCGGUCUUAAGAGACACCCUGCUGCUGAUCGAGAGGCGCUGCCGAGCUCUCGAGACUCACAACGAGCAUUUCUUCUCCUCCCUCCUGUCCACCAUGGACACCCGGACCGGACCGUUCAAGUAGAGCAGAGAGGAGGACUCUGGCCCAGCGUGUCCCAGGGUCUGCUCUGUGAACAGAUGCUGUGAUAUGUCCUUUCACGUUCAUGUGUCUUUUUUUAAACACGUUAGGGUAUGUGUGGCAUAACCUGUCUCAGCUGAACUGGUCACAGUGAAUAUGAGGAUGUAUGUUUUUCAAUAUGCUUAAAUGGGGAUGUUUUCAUGGUUAUUUUUAUAGGUAGGGGAAAGCGGGGUGAUUUGUGCCUUGGGAAAGUAGAUCCACCGCAGGCCACACAAUGAGUCUAUAGAGUUAGCAUGAUGUGAUAGGAACAAAUGUCCUCUGUAAAGAUCUACGACUAAUAUGUCAAGUAGAACAAGGAUAUUUUUAAACUAGCUUUAUCCAAUGUUCAGAUAUCUCUUCUGGAAUUAACAUUUCAGAAAUGUUGAAAAACAGGAAGAUUUUGUCUUAACUAAGAGAUAACCCCUUGAUAAUCUACAUUAUCAGUAGUAUAAGUCCAGACACAAGGCAAAAUGAUUCAAGGGGUUCGAUGGGUUACCAAUGAAAGAAAACGAGUGGGUCUUUUACGCUGGCACACAGCAGUGCCUCCUUCCUCUGUCAUCCUUGAUAUCCAUUGGUUCAGCUUUUAUACCCAAUGUUUCCUGUUAAAUGUCCACUGGCACCUGUCUUUCAUAUUCGUUUUAAUUUUACCCUCAUGCCUCUAUGUGACCUUCAUAAGGUAACAAGUCCAUCAGCAAGGAGCUGGUCUUCUAAAUUUGUCUAAAAUAUUGAAUACUUCAACGCAUAAUCUAUUAAAAUCUUGCAGCUUCACGAUGAAAUCAUGCAGCACCUUCUGCAGCAAGAUGGGAGGUUUUUAAAGGUACCCUAGUGCUGAGACAUUUCUAUUUCUGCUCCAUUCAGCACAAAACGAAAGCUCCUUGUACUAGCUUUAAAGUCAAAAUUAGAAAGAAAUUAACUUAUUGGAUUGUACGUUUUAUUAAUUCAUACCUUUUCACAAUAAUGAGUGUUUUUAUAAACAACUAACGGGCUGUGUCCCAUUGAAAUCAGACAAUCAAUAUGUCCUCUGUGUCUGUCCUGCAAAGGCCCGAUCAGUCUGAUCUCUGGUCAGUUGCCAGAUGACCGUCACAUGGCACG